GGAUUCCAGGGCAUUGCUGGAGAGCCAGGUCUAGAUGGCCGUUCAGGCCCUCUGGUGAGUCUAGCAUGAGUAGACAGCACUAUUGCAACCAAUACUGAUUUAGUGUUGGGUACUUCGGCCAUCAUCACACACAGAGUGCAGUGUGACUGACUACUGUAUCACUGGCAGGGCCCACCUGGACGGACAGGACCAACAGGUAUCCCUGGGCCACCGGGAGAGAGGGUGAGUGACACAUUUAACAUGGAUGUGAGUGAUGUGAUUCUCAAAUAGGACAGCUUUGAACCGUGUGUGUGUGUGUGUCGCUGUCUCUCUGCAUCAGGGCUUCACCGGGAAGGAAGGUGUGGAGGGACCCCAGGGGCCAGUAGGCAUGUAUGUAAGUGAUGCUUCUGUAGGGCCUACAGGGCAAGGGGUUUGACCAACACACUGACAAUGUCUCUGUUUGGUCUUUUGACUCAUGACACUCUGCCAUGCCAUCCUGUGUGUGCAACUUUGCUUUUUUAUAUUACCAGUCCUGUGUUUCUCGUCCCCCAGGGUUUUCCGGGAAGCGUGGGAAUGCGUGGCACAAAUGGUCACAUCGGAGAUAGGGUAAGGACACGGCAUAUGAGUUAUGUAAUCAGUGGACAUUAUUCCAAACGGCCAUCCCAGACCUGUGGGCCUCAAUUUAUACCAACAGCAUCACAAGUUUCUAUGUGUAUUUCCUUUCAAAUGUGUUGGUGUGGUGGACUGUGUGUUGAUGUCCCAGGGGGAGAAUGGUGUGAGAGGCCUGCCUGGUCUUACUGGGAAGCCUGGAUCUCCAGUAAGUAACUGUGCUGUCAUUAAAAAGUCCACAUACAGUAUGUGACAAGUCCUUGUAGACAACUUCAUUGAGUGUGGCCUUAGUUUGAAUGAUGGGUGUAUUGAGCCUGUACUGACUGUGCUAUAUUUUAUAGGGUUUAUCAGGACCUCCUGGGGAGAGAGGCCCUCCAGGACCUCAGGUGAGAUCAAAUGGAAUCAUAUACCAGAACUACAUUUCCUAAAUAACUCCUUUGAAAAAUCAAUCUAAACAUACCAGAACUACAUUUCCUAAAUAUCUCCUUAGAAAAAUCAAUCUGCAAUGUGGCUGUAUUUUGUAGUCCAUGUUUUUCAAUGAUGUCUCUGGGUUUUCUUCUCAGGGUCGGCUAGGGGAUCUGGGACACACAGGGCUAGAGGGCCCACAGGUGAGUUACAGCAGAGCAGGCCUUUUCACUACUCCCUCAGCAGCCAAAUGUUCUUACAGAUCCAUGCUCUAUACACUGUCAAUAUAUAGUUAGUCUUGCUUGGCUAGAGCAAUGAUGUAGACACAAUACACAAUGGGAACAAGACUAAUAGAUUAAGCUACUCACCUGUCUAUGUGUUCCAGGGCCCCACGGGUCUGCAGGGCUCAGAUGGAGCCACAGGGAAGCCAGGACCCAGGGGAAGCAGGGGGCCUCCGGGGCCACAAGGCCCUGAUGGACCAGCAGGAAUCCCAGUGGGUACUACUUUCCAGACGCUGCUCUCUUGUCCUCUAAACAAAAUCUGAGGACUGUAAUCUCUGUACACACUAAAAAGUGUGUAAUGGUUCUAUAUAGUGCAAAUCAGGGUUAUUUGGCUUGUCACCAUAGCGGAUCCCUUUUUGAUGGUAUGUAGAACCCUUUUUUGGUUCUAUAAAAAAAGAUGCUCAUAAAGUUUUAAAUGGAAACCUUUAUGGUGCUAUAAAGAACCCUUUCCUAAGGUUAUACAAAGAACCAUUCAAAAAAGGUUAUUUAAAGAAUCAAAAAGGGUUGUGACCAUAGCGGAACCCUUUCUGGUGCUUUAAAUAACCUUUUUUGAAUGGUUCUUUGUAGAACCUUUAUGGAGAAUGGUUCUAUAAAGAACCUUUCUCAAUCUCAAUGGUUCUACAAAUAACUUUUUAAACAUCCAUACAGGGUUUUUUUGCUGGUUAGCCAUAUUAUAUUGUUAAAAUUCCAUAGGUGUCUGGAACGGCUGGGGGUCCCUGAGGAGAGAAUUGAGAACCACUGAUUUAGUCAACAGUUCUCAAUUGACACAAGGCCUUACGUGAGUCUUUCACAAGACACUGUUACUGGCCAUACUCAUAUUUAACAUGUAAUGACAUAACACAACAGAUCAACUGGAAUUACACUCUCACUCACGGUUUCACAAAAAGAUCUGUGAGCAAAUCGGGCCCCAAAAUAUUCUAAUGAACCGCCGCCCCUACAUUUUGAUUAUCACUCAAAGAUGAAAGAACCCUUUUCUGAAUGGCAAAUAACCAUUGCAGGGCUCAAAGGGUUCUUUGAGUCAUUAUGGUUCCACAUAAAACCAUCUCCCUUACCAAAGAACCCUUAAAGAACCCUAUUUUCUAAGUGUGUAGAACCUGUAUAAAACCUCCUAAACUCCUAGAACAUGGGACAUUGAGUCUCUGAUGCCUGUUGGAUGCAUUUUAUGUCAGGGUUCAGUGGGUGAAAUCAAUCAAUUUAUUAGUAAUUUAUUACAUGGCUUACGAUUCGUAGCCCAUUGGAUGCUUAGUUGGCAUGGUUUGGGAUGCCAAGCACAGCCCUUUAGCUUGGACAUUUAUAUUCGUCAUUGUCUCAGUUGUAAACAUGUAUAUAUUCUUAUUUAUUUUGUAUUAUUAUUGUUUCAUUCACACCUGCACUGUUGGAGCUCGGAGCUUAAGAAUUUCACUAUACAGUGCAACUACAUCUGCGACCCUGUGCAUGUGACUAAAUAAAAUUGGAAUCUAAAAAUCUAAUCUGUGUUCCAUUGUGAUGCUGUGUUGUCCACCAUUUUAAACCCUAUGUGGUCCAUCCUCAGGGAAUGACAGGUGCUGGUGGACUAAUUGGACCAGCAGGGGAAAGAGGAGAAAUGGUAAGUACAGCAAGUGUAACUCAAUUAUGACAAUGAUAUGUCUAGGGUUGCAAAAUUCUGGUAACUUCCCCAAAAUGUUCCAGGUUUUCAAGAAUCCUGGUUAAUCCUGGUUCCUGCUUAUUCCCUACUGAUUUGGGAAAGUUAGCGCAAUUCUGCACCCCUAAAUACAGUACGUAUAAUCUUGCAAUUUGUGAUGUUCUGUGUGUUAAACCACACUUUUUUGGAACAUCACAGGGUAUGCUGGGACCUUCUGGUGAUCUUGGUCCUCCUGGACUGGAUGGCGAACAGGUUGGUAGGACACACUCCGAACAGAAACUCUAUGGUCUUAGGCAGGUGAGUUUUCUGACAGUUCUCUUCCAUUUCCUGUUUCCAGGGCACUCCUGGCCAAUCAGGGAUGGAGGGGCCAACAGGAACGAAAGGGGAAAAGGUCGGUGAUAGUGACACAAUGAUGCCUAAACAAACACCUGGAGAUAGAUUUCACCAUCUGUCACUUCUCACUACUUCUUCUUCUUUAACUUUACAUGUAUUUCAGGGGGACCUAGGGCCUUGUGGGAAGCUUGGUCCUCCAGGGCAGCCUGGAGAUCGAGGCCUACAAGGGCUCAAAGGGUUGCAAGGCUCUCCUGGACCAAUGGGAAAAGAGGUGAGCACCGUCACCUGCCUAUGGCAUUGGACAUCUACUGUACCUACCUGAACCAUCACCUGUAGAUUCUCACAUGUGCACCUAGUACACAUCCCUUUACCCAGGGAUCAUACACACAAUCAGACCAUACACAUACAGUAUACUCAGCAGUGUAACUCAAGAGAUGUCUCCUUUGGUUCUCAGGGUGAUGUUGGACCUCUUGGCGAUGCUGGUGGUCCAGGUUCCAAAGGGGAGAAGGUUAACAAACACUGACUUUUUGGCACCCAAUGAUUCACAUAUUUAAGCCAUCAAUAUGAAUGUGCUGUAUGUACAGUAUAUUGCAUAUCUAUUCAUUGAUUAACAUUUGUGCGUUUGACACAAAUUAUUGACAGGGCCAUAUAAGUGUUGGUAGUGGUUACAAACAGGUUGAAAUCUGGUUCAAAUAACAUUAUUAAACACAGGUUGAAAUCUGGUUGCAAUGAUGACAUUACAUCUAAACUAGAUGCCCUCAAUCUCACACAAAUUAUCAAGGAACCUACCAGGUACAACCCUAAAUCCGUUAACAUGGGCACCCUCAUAGAUAUCAUCCUGACUAAUUUACCCUCUAAAUACACCUCCGCUGUCUUCAACCAGGAUCUCAGCGAUCACUGCCUCAUUGCCUGCAUCCGUAAUGGGUCCGCGGUCAAACGACCACCCCUCAUCACUGUCAAACGCUCCCUAAAGCACUUCAGCGAGCAGGCCUUUCUAAUUGACCUGGCCCGGGUAUCCUGGAUGGAUAUUGACCUCAUUCCAUCAGUAGAGGAUGCCUGGUUGUUCUUUAAAAGUGCUUUCCUCUCCAUCUUAAAUAAGCAUGCCCCAUUCACAAAAUGCAGAACUAAGAACAGAUAUAGCCCCUGGUUCACCCCAGACUUGACUCCCCUUGACCAGCACAAAAACAUCCUGUGGCGUACUGCAUUAGCAUCGAACAGCCCCCGCGAUAUGCAACUUUUCAGGGAAGUCAGGAACCAAUAUACACAAUCAGUUAGGAAAGCAAGGGCUAACUUUUUCAAACAGAAAUGUGCAUCCUGUAGCACUAACUCCAAAAAGUUUUGGGACAAUGUAAAGUCCAUGGAGAAUAAGAGCACCUCCUCCCAGCUGCCCACUGCACUGAGGCUAGGAAACACUGUCACUACCGAUAAAUCUACGAUAAUCGAAAAUUUCAACAAGUGUUUUGCUACGGCUGGCCAUGCUUUCCACCUGGCUACCCCUACCCUGGCCACCAGCUCUACACCCUCCGCUGCAACUUGCCCAUGCCCCCCCUGCUUCUCCUUCACCCAAAUUCAGAUAGCUGAUGUUCUGAAAGAGCUGCAAAAUCAGGGUUCAAUUCUCGGGCCGACUCUAUUCUCUGUGUAUAUCAAUGAUGUCGCUCUUGCUGCUGGUGACUCUCAGGUCCACCUCUACGCAGACGACACCAUUUUGUAUACAUCUGGCCCUUCAUUGGACACUGUGUUAACAAACCUCCAAACGAGCUUCAAUGCCAUACAACACUCCUUCCGUGGCCUCCAACUACUCUUAAACGCUAGUAAAACUAAAUGCGUGCUCUUGAAUCGAACGCUGCUUGCACCCGCCUGCCAGACUAGAAUCACUACUCUCGGCGGGUCUGACUUAGAAUAUGUGGACAACUACAAAUACCUAGGUGUCUGGUUAGACCGUAAACUCUCCUUCCAGACUCACAUUAAGCAUCUACAAUCCAAAGUUAAAUCUAGAAUCGGCUUCCUAUUUUGCAACAAAGCCUCCUUCACACAUGCUGCUAAACAUGCCCUCGUAAAACGGACUAUCCUACCGAUCCUUGACUUUGGCGAUGUCAUUUACAAAAUAGCUUCCAACACUCUACUCAGCAAAUUGGAUGUAGUCUAUCACAGUGUCAUCCAUUUUGUCACCAAAGCCCCAUAUACUACCCACCAUUGUGACCUGUACGCUCUCGUUGGCUGGCCCUCACUACAUAUUCGUCGCCAAACCCACUGGCUCCAGGUCAUCUAUAAAUCACUUCUAGGGAAAUCCCCGCCUUAUCUUAGCUCAUUGGUCACCAUAGCAACACCCACCCGUAGUAUGCGUUCCAGCAGGUAUACUGUAUCUCACUGGUCAUCCCCAAAGCCAACACCUCCUUUGGUCGCCAUUCCUUCCAGUUCUCUGCUGCAAAAAAUAUCUGAAGCUGGAGACACUUAUCUCCCUCACUAUCUUUAAGCAUCAGUUGUCAGAGCACCUUACCGAUCACUGCACCUGUACACUGCCCAUCUGUAAUUAGCCCACCCAACUACCUCAUCCCCAUAUUGUUAUUUACAUUGUUAUUUAUUUUGCUCAUUUGCACCCCAGUAUCUCUAUUUGCACAUCAUCUUCUGCACAUCUAUCACUCCAGUGUUAAUACUAAAUUAUAAUUGUAAUUAUUUUGCACUAUGGCCUAUUUAUUGCCUUACCUCCAUAACUUACUACAUUUGCACACACUGUAUAUAGAUUUUCUAUUGUGUUAUUGACUGUACGUUUUGUUUAUUCCAUAUGUAACUCUGUGUUGUUGUUGUUUUUACCGCACUGUUUUGCUUUAUCUUGGCCAGGCCGCAGUUGUAAAUGAGAACAUGUUCUCAACUGGCUUACCUGGUUAAAUAAAGGUGAAAUAAAAAUAAAAUAAAUGAAGUCAUUAUAAACAGGUUAAAAUCUUGUUGACAUAAUGACAUUACAAACAGGUUGAAAUCUGGCUGAAAUAGCAUCAUUACAAACAGGUCGAUUUGUGGUUGAAAUAACCUCAUUACAGACAUUUUAAAAUCUGGUUGAAAUUACGUCAUGGUGAUGUCUGACUGACAUGGUUGUUAUUUGCAGGGUGAUGUGGGUCCUCUGGGGCCCACAGGGCGGGAGGGUCCAUGGGGGGCCCUGGGGGAAAAUGGGGAGAAGGGACCAAAAGGAGAGAAGGGCCACAUCAGACUUAUGGUGAGUGCCCAGAUGCCAAUACAUAAUGAGCUGCACAUUCUAGCUUAUGUCUUGAAACCAUGAAACGGAAUCAACUGAAGUGAUUUUCAAUAUGAUUUUUGAGACGUGGCUUUGGGUGAUCAAUUUGAUGACUGGUACAUCACCUCUGUGCUGUAUCCACCAGGGUCAGCCAGGAUUCAUGGGAGAAAUAGGACCUGCAGGCUUGUCAGGGCUACAGGUGAGUCAUAAAGUGACAUGUUUUUCUCUGACAAGUAUUGACCAGCAUCAUAUACUGUGUAUGUCACUCAAAGUCAAAAUAAAUGUGUUGACAUUAACUCGCAUUGAUCAAUAUCCACUUUUGCACAUAUAUUUCCCAAUAGGUUAGACUUCUCUGCUCUGUUAGGCUCAUUCUCAAUUCAUUUUCCUCACCCACUUUUCUUGCUUCUUUCUCAAAACCCAUUGGAGAAGAAGGCCUGAAGUGAGGGACCUUUAAUCUUCUUCUCCAGUAUGGUUGAGGAGAAAGAAAGGAGAUAGGAUGCAAGGAAUUGGGGAAAUUAAGUUUGAGAUGUGUCACACCCUGGCUCUGGGACUCAUUAUGUUGAGCCAGGGUGUGUGCAGUCUAUGUGUUCAUGUUCUAUGUUGGGUGUCUAGGUUGUCGAUUUCUAUGUUUGGUCUAUGACUCCCAAUCGGAGGUAACGAGUGUCAGCUGUCGGCUCGUUAUCUCUGAUUGGGAGCCAUAUUUAUACUGUGUGUUUUCACCUUGGGGUGGUGGGUUUUUGUUCCUUUACGGUCAUUGUAACUGUGGACUUCAUGUAUCGUUUAUUGUUUUGGCACUGUAGUAUAAUAAAGUCAUCAUGUUCGCUCAACACGCUGCGUAUUGGUCUGCUCCUUUUGAAGACGAUCGUGACAGAAAAACCCACCAUACUACGACCAAGCAGCGUGUCCAGGAACAGGCAGCCUGGACGUGGGAGCAGCGUCGGCGGGACGAGAGGCACCCCCAAGAAAUUUUUAGGGGGGGGCACAGGGCAUGGACGAUGGGGCUAACGGAGGCAGAGAAGGGGCGGAUUCAAAGGGCCACCAGGUUACGGGGGCUACUGGUCAAAGUAGGGAAAGGAGGUGUAGAGGCACGGCGAGAGGUACUGGGGUGUGUUACCAGUCCGGUCCGGCCCGUUCCAGUUCCUGGAGUAGAGCCAGUGGUGUGUGUCCCCAGUACGGUCCGGCCUGUUACGGCCCCUCGCACCAAAUGGACGGUGCGCGUCUCCAGCCCUGCCCGGCCUGUUCCUGCUCUACGCACCAAGGCUACGGUGUGCGUCGACAGUCCUGCCCGGCCUGUUCCUGCUCUACGCACCAAGGCUACGGUGUGCGUCGACAGCCCUGCCCGGCCUGUUCCUGCCACCCGCACCAAGUCUACGGUGUGCGUCGCCAGCCCGACCCGGCCUGUUCCUGCCACUCGCACCAGACCUACGGUGCGCGUCGCCAGCCCGACCCGGCCUGUUCCUGCCACUCGCACCAGACCUACGGUGCGCGUCGCCAGCCCGACCCGGCCUGUUCCUGCCACUCGCACCAAGCCUACGGUGCGCGUCGCCAGCCCGGUCCGGCCUGUUCCUGCCACUCGCACUAAGCCAGGGGUGCGAGAAGUCAGCCUGGUAAGGCCCGUUCCUCCUCCACGCACCAGGCCUACGGGGUGCGUCGUCAGCCCUGUCCGGCUCGUUCCUGCUCUCCGCACCAGGUCUGUGGUGCGCGUCGCCAGCCCAUUCCGGUCCAUUCCUGUUCCAUGCACCAAGCCAGGGGCGCGUGUCGUCAGUCCGGCUCCGGCCAGCGGGGCUAGACAGGACCAGGGGUACUUUGGGGGGGGUAUCGGAGGGUGGUGGUCAAGGCCGGAGCCAGAACCGCCGCCGAGGAGGUAUGCCCGCCCAGCCCUCCCCUGUUUGGGGUUUUUGAGGCGCGGUCGCAGUCCGCGCCUUUAGGGGGGGGUACUGUCACACCCUGGCUCUGGGACUCAUUAUGUUGAGCCAGGGUGUGUGCAGUCUAUGUGUUCAUGUUCUAUGUUGGGUGUCUAGGUUGUCGAUUUCUAUGGAGUUGUUGUCAGGGUGUACAGUGAUCCAUUGGUCCUUUCUGCUUCUUCUCAGGGUAUCAUGGGCCCUAGGGGGCCUCCAGGGCCAGAUGGAUUUCUAGGAGAGAAGGUAAUAACUUGAUUCCCUGGCCUGCACACCAAAUGGAGGAGGAAUUCAGGAUAGGGAAAUUAUAAACGCUUCUAUCGAUAAUUCCCAUCUGUUUUCUCUGUCUCUUUCUCCCCAGGGGGAGUCUGGGCCUACUGGAGCCAUCGGACCUCAAGGCAAACAAGGACCUCCGGUAAGAGUCGCUUCAUAACCUAAUUAUUAUAGUACUGAUACUGUGUGCAUGGUGAAUGGUAUUAUCCAUUUGUCCUUUUGGUCUGAUUUCAUGUUGUCUUGUUGUAUUCUCAGGGGGUGGCUGGAGUUCAAGGGGUCAGAGGUGACACAGGGAAGCCAGGACCACAGGUCAGUGUCUCACUGUCUCUCAGACCACGGGUCUAGUCAAGUCAGCCAUGUUCCCAGUGAUUAUCCUACGAAUAACAUCAUCCAUGUGCUGGUGUGGUUAUCUAUUGCAGGGUCCAGUAGGGAAGGUUGGGCCUGAGGGAGACUUGGGCCAUAAAGGUGAGCCAGGACUAGACGGGGAGAAAGGGGAGGCAGGGGGACCAGGCGAGCCAGGAGAACAGGUGAGCCCAUUCAGUGUUGCAGUCAGUUUGGCCCUUAGGCCCCUAAAGCAAGUCCAAUGUUCAGGGGAAUUAGACAGUACCCCAUUUAACCCCAAUUUCAUGUCUGGUUUAAUUAUGAAUAUCAUUUUCAUAAUAUAUUGUACCAUGCAAUAAAUCAGAAAUAGUCUACAAUAUAUGUUUUUAUUUUGUAAUUGUCUCUCUAGGGGCUUGACGGUCUGCCAGGCAUCAGAGGGCCCCCAGCGCUUCUUGGUUUGGAGGUAAAGAACAGCAACAUCUUAGCCUGGUCCCAGAUCUGUUGGUGUACUUGCCAACUCCAUUUCUCAUUAUCAAGUCAAACAUGUCCGGCACUCAGGCUAGCAAAAUCUUUCCUCAUAGACAUAUCUACCAUUAACUACAUAUUAUAUUAUCCUCUUUGCUUCGGCUUCAUUCUUCCUUGUUUGUUGUUGUCUCCUCUCCCACCACAGGGGCCACAGGGUGAGGUAGGAGCCCAGGGUCCAGAAGGUCCCCUAGGAGCGUUGGUGAGUACACAGACACAGGGGUGGGGCACAGGGAUUCCACAGAUGAUGUAAGUAGUGCACUAUGCUCUUAUAGAAACUGGUUUCAGUCUGGGUUUAUUAUUUCGCUGAUAUUGAUGACCUCAAGCAGUGUCAAAUGGACAUAUUGUGAUGUUGAAAAACUAGCAGCACUACCGGAAGGUCACUGAUAUUUUCUACCCGAUUAUCUUGCUCUGACAUCUGGGAAGUUUCUUUAAGUCAUUCUAUUGUGUUGAAUGUUGCAGGGUGUCAGGGGAAGCCCAGGACCUGAGGGAAAACAGGGACUGAAAGGAGAGAAGGUGAGAUCAGGAUCCUCUGUUUCUCUAUGAUUCUCUUCUUUGUGCUGUGAAACCCAGUCUCAGGUCCUAUAUUCUCCUCACCUCUCUGGGGACACUUGUGCAUACAGAGAGGCUAGAUUAGGUCCCACUGUUUGUUGAUGCUGUGUUUCCUCUACAGGGAGAUGAUGGCAGAGAUGGAUCACCUGGAAAGACAGGUCACAUCGGAAGGAGUGUAAGAGCUCCCUCCUUCAAUCCAUUCAAUUUCACAGUGUAAAUAAAACGGGUGUAUUCUAGAAGAAGAAAAAAAAGUAUUUAUGUUCAUGAAUGAAAGAUGAGGGAUGCAUCCCAAAUGGCACCCUGUUCCCUAAAUACAUGACACCCUAUUCCCUUUAUAGUGCAUUACUUUUGAGUGCACUAUAAAGGGAAUAGGGUGUCAUUUAGGACAUGACCGAGAUGUGUCUGUGUUUUACCCUGUGUGUAUUGCCUCGUUCACCAACAUUAUAAACAUCCACAGGGGAAAAGAGGCAAGGCUGGAAUCAGGGGCACAAGAGGAGAGAGAGGACCAAAGGUCAGAGGUUGGGUGAUGUGAAGGGUCACACACACACACACACACACACAAUCUCUUAACCAUGCUAUAUACUAUACUAUUUCAUGGUGUGCACCAAUGUUUCCUGUCAUUCCUACAGGGAGAGAGGGGAAAUGUGGGAUUGAUUGGUGUUCCAGGAUGGGCGGGGUCUAUAGUAAGUCUAACAGAUUUAUACUCUCAUCAAUUAGGACUGUCGUCAUCCACAUCUCUAUUUCACCAUUUCAUAAUUCAAUCCCAGCCAGGGAUAGUCUCUUAUGUACUUCUCCUUUGUCAGAAGUAUUAUUUGAUUGGAGAAAAGGAUGUUGAAAGCAAUGCAUUGUUACAUGAUGCUUUAGAUCAGCUGAUGAUUGAUAUACAACUGAUGGAUGUCUUUUCUCUCUCAGGGAAUCCCAGGCUUGCGAGGAGACAGGGGGGAUCAGGGUGAAAAGGGGAACGAGGUAUGAAUAGAUCAGGCUGAAUUAUUGAUACUAGUGAAUUUAGAGAGAAGUGAACUGUGAAGACGUAACCCUCUAUGUUCUCUCCCCACAGGGAGAAAUGGGGAACAUAGGGCCGCUCGGUCCGCCAGGGGGUGAUGGCCUAAAGGUACAUUCUGACUUGUGUGAAAAACUGGCAUUCAUAAAAUGUCUCUAGAUCAGCACUCCUACUCUGAGACACUACAAACGAGCCCUGGUGUCAGUUUUAACACCAUAGAAAAACAACAUACUGACAGUUUUGGCAACAUUCCAGAAAUAUGACGUUGCCUAAAAUACUCUGCUGUAAGUAGUAGAUGGGCUGUGACAGACGUAUGUUUUACAGGGUAGUCAGGGUCCUGUUGGGGUGCCAGGACAGACAGACUGACUAACUGUAUAUUUUACAAGGGUAGUCUGGGUCCUGUUGGGGUGCGAGGACAGACAGACUGACUAACUGUAUAUUUUACAGGGUAGUCUAGGUCCUGUUGGGGUACCAGGACAGGCGGGUCCAAAGGGAGAUCAGGUAAAACAACACUAUCUCAACACACCGUUCCUCUCAAAACAUCUAUAGCAAGAACUCUCUAUGAUAACACCAUAUCCACUAGUGACAAUUGCCAAAAGCCAUGAUGAGGCUCAUCAAUCUAAAGUGUUCUAUCAGAGUUUUGGUUUCUUUGUCUUUCUGAAAAGAUUGAUUGAUCACUUUUCAUUAUCUAUUAUUUCCCACCAGGGGAAUAUUGGACCAUCCGGGCCAAGAGGAACACCUGGGAUGCCAGGACUACCUGUAAGUCCCCUUUCUGGAUCAUCUCAGAAAUAUAUUCUCAAGUCCUUUUAAAUCUUCACACAUUUUACAUUUACAUUUUAGUCAUUUAGCAGACGCUCUUAUCCAGAGCGACUUACAGGAGCAAUUAGGGUUAAGUGCCUUGCUCAAGGGUACAUCAACAGAUUUUUCACCUAGUUGGCUCGGGUACUGGCACAACGCUACCUGCCGCCCAAAUGGCACCCUAUUCCUUAUGUAGUUCACUACUUUGGUCAAAAGUAGUGCACUAUAUACAGUAUGGAAUAGGGUGCCAUUUGGGGCACAGCCAAAGUGAAAUCAUAGUUCUUGCGAGGACAAACGAGCACUAGACCACAAAGUCCAUCUUUCAGCCACGUAGCUUAACAACCCCCCUGUCUAUUAACCAUCAAGACGAAGACUCUAUGAUUGCUUCAUCGAGAUGUUAUUAUGAUGAUAAGGAUCAUGUCUCAAAUUCCUUUUGAAUUGCAGACUGUCUUAAGUAAGACUCUGUGAUCACGAGUCCAUUUCCUUAUUAUCACCAGACUGUCCUGCCAUUCUGCCAUUCUCUCCGGGUUUAGCUGUAGAUUAUUACUCUUUUCAACUCGUGGCCAUUGAAGACGCCAUUGCCUCGGCUCUUAAAAGCAGUGAAGCUGUAGCUAAUGUGAUCUUAAUGCAGUGAGUAAGAGGGCAUUGAAAGGUUGAAACAGCUGUUAGUGCAGAGCUGUGUGCUUCAGAACUGAUAUUCAAACUCAUCUCCUUUUAUUCUCUCUUCCUCUGUAGGGUUUGUUUGGAGAGAAGGUAUGAUAUAACAUUUUAUUUUCUUGUCUUUUCAAAUCAUACACACAUUAUCUUCUUUCAAAACCAAACCCCAUUUAGAGUUGUGUGUUAGCUUUGUCUCACAGUGUCUAGAUUGAAAGCAAACAUUCACAACCACAUCAUGUCAUCACACUGGAACAUACAGAGGAAAGUAAAAGGAUAGUGCUUCAGUGUGCAUUUCCUUAUCAAAUUACAUUUGAAUAUGCCAUUGCAAGUAUGGAAUGGUAUAAAUCCACUCUCAUCGCACUAUGUUCUGUUUUUCCAUAGGGUUUGAAAGGUUUUGAGGGAUUUCCUGGGCAACCUGGGACGAGAGGCCUGCCGGUAAGUGACACUGAUUUCAUAUGCAUCGGUCCAUUGACCUCAGAGACUCAAUACCAUUGCAUCCAUUACACAGCACUUGAGGUUGCAAAAUUCCGGUUACUUUCUCAAAAUUCCCAAGUUUUCCAGAAAUCCUGGUUGGAAGAUUCCCCGAUUUCCUGCAUAUUACCACCUGAUUGUAGGAAUAUUCCAAGCAGGAUAUCUGGAAAACCUGGGAAUUUUGGGAAAGUUACUAGAAUUUUCCAACCCUAGUUCCACUCUUCUGUUGCAUUUGUUUCAGGGGGCACCUGGACUCCCAGGACUUACAGGUCCCUCAGUGAACAUGACCCUUACUCAACUCAAGGCAAGUCAUUUAUGAUCAGCGAGUAGGUCUGUGUCCCAAAUGGUACCCUAUUCCCUACCAAGUGCACUACUUUUGGGAUGAAGAUUUAAUAGGCCAUUAGAUGAACUGUUGGAAGGAAUAACUCCAUAAUGAUCAUAUUAUUCUCAUCACCAUUGUAGGACCUUAAGUACCUGUCAGAUAAGCCCAACUACCCUCUGAUCCAGACCCUGCUGGACUCUCUGCACCAGGACCUGAGGCUGCUGGUGGACCCCCCUGAUGGCAGCAAGGAGCACCCUGCCACCACCUGCAUGGAGCUGUGGCUCUGCCACCCCGACUACGCCAGCGGUCAGAAACCCUCUGUCUAUACCAGUACUGUAUAUCUAUAACCCAAAGCCCUUUGUGCUACAAUAAAGGCUCAUAAGAAUGGCCACAGCAUCCUAAUCUCAGGACUCCCAAGUUUUCAAUGCAAAUUAGAAGCUCCGUUAUCAAAUAGCCCAUAUUGUGAAGUAAAUAAAGACAAUGUUAUCUAUUGUAUGGCUAGUUCUCAGAGAAAGAUCUCUUAGCUCUUAACACUAGAUAUAUAUAAUGGCGUCAGAGGGGAUGGCUGCCGUUUUACGGGCUCCUAACCAAUUGUGCUAUUUAGUGUUUUUUUUCGCAUUGUUUGUAACUUAUUCUGUACUUAAUGUUGCUGCUACCGUCUCUUAUGACCGAAAACAGCUUCUGGAUAUCAGAACAGUGAAUACUCUCCUCCAACUGGACAAAGAUUUUUUCUUUAAUGAGUCUGACGCGAAGGAUAUACUGUUUCUCCCGGACCAGUAUAUCCUUUGUGUUAUAAGAAAUCCCGCUAUGCCCUCAGACUAACCAUCAAACAGGCAAAGCAACAAUACAGGACUAAGAUUGAAUCCUACUACACUGGCUCUGACGCUCGUCGGAUGUGGCAAGUGUCUUCACUGACAUUGUCAACCGCUCCCUGACCGAGUCUUUAAUACCUACAUGUUUCAAGCAGACCACCAUAGUCCCUGUGUCCAAGAAAGCGAAGGUAACCAACCUAAAUGACUACUGCCCCGUAGCACUCACGUCGGUAGCCAUUAAGUGCUUUGAAAGGCUGGUCAUGGCUCACAUCAACACCAUCAUCCCGGAAACCCUAGACCCACUCCAAUUCGCAUACCGCCCCAACAGAUCCACAGAUGACACAAUCUCAAUCGCACUCCACACUGCCCUUUCCCACCUGGACAAAAGGAACACCUAUGUGAGAAUGCUGUUCAUUGACCACAGCUCAGCAUUCAACACCAUAGUGCCCAAAAAGCUCAUCACUAAGCUAAGGACCCUGGGACUAAACACCUCCCUCUGCAACUGGAUCCUGGACUUCCUGACGGGCCACCCCCCAGGUGGGAAGGGUAAGCAACAACACAUCUGCCACGCUGAUCUUCAACAUGGGGGCCCCUCAGGGGUGCGUGCUCAGUCCCCUCCUGUACUCCCUGUUCACCCACCACUGUGUGGCCAAGCACGCAUCCAACACCAUCAUUAAGUUUGCUGACGACACAACAGGGGUAGGCCUGAUCACUGACAACGAUGAUACAGCCUAUAGGGAGGAGGUCAGAGACCUGGAAGUGUGGUCCCAGGACAACAACCUCUCCCUCAAUGUGAGCAAGACAAUGGAGCUGAUCGUGGACUACAGGAAAAGGAGGGCCGAACACUCCCCCAUUCAAAUCGACGGGGCUGUAGUGGAGCGGGUAGAGAGUUUCAAGUUCCUUGGUGUCCACAUCACCAACAAACGUAUCAUGGUCCAAACACACCAAGACAGUCGUGAAGAGGGCACGACAAUGCCUUUUCCCCUCAGGAGAAUGAAAAGAUUUGGCUUGGGUCCCCAGAUCCUCAAAAAGUUCUACAGCUGCACCAUCGAGAGCAUCCUGACCGGUUGCAUCACCGCCUGGUAUGGGAACUGCUCGGCAUCCGACCAUAAGGCGCUACAGAGGGUAGUGCGUACGGCCUAGUACAUCACUGGGGCCAAGCUUCCUGCCAUCCAGGAUCUAUGUACUAGGCGGUGUCAGAGGAAGGCCCAGAAAAUUGUCAAAGACUCCAGUCACCCAGGUCAUAGACUGUUCUCUCUGCUACCGCACGGCAAGCGGUACCGGAGUGCCAAGUCUAGGUCCAAAAGGCUCCUUAACAGCUUCUACCCCCAAGCCAUAAGACUGCUGAACAAUUAAUCAAAGCCACCCAGACUAUUUGCAUUGACACCCCCCCCCUUGUUUUUACACUGCUGUUACUCUCUGUUUAUUAUCUAUGCAUAGUCACUUUACCCCUACCUACUUUACCCCUACAAAUUACCUUGACUAACCUAUACCCCCACACAUUGACUCGGUACCGGUACCCCCUGUAUAUAGCCUCGUUAUUGUUAUUUUAUUGUGUUACUUUUUAUUUGAUUUUUUACUUUAGUUUAUUUAGUAAAUUUUUUCUUAACUCUAUUUUCUUAAAACUGCAUUGUUGGUUAAGGGCUUGUAUGUAAGCAUUUCACAGUAAGGUCUAAACGUGUUGUAUUCGGCGCAUGUGACAAAUAACAUUUGAAUUGAUUUUAUUUCAUUUAGAACCGCUGGGCCUUUCAGCCAAUAAGUACCCGCUAGAGAAUAUGUCCCUGCAAGUCGAAUCAUAUGAAAACUAGUGAAUAUACAGGAAUGUUUCAGGUCAGGAUGAGGGUACACUAACUCUGAGGUUAUGGUUGCUGUCUGUCUGUACAGGGAUGUAUUACAUUGACCCCAACCAGGGCAGCCCCAACGAUGCUCUCCUGGCCUACUGCAACUUCUCUGGCACAGCCGCACAGACCUGCCUUCACCCUCGAGACGCCCAGGUAGACAACAACAUCAUCAGUACCCCACACACCUCACCUCUCACCCUCACACCUCUCUAUCUAUCCCUCAGUGGGGAUGCUCCUGCAAUACCAAAUGCAGCAGGUGGCUACAGAAUAAUGAGAUGCUGUCUGGACUAGCGGAGAACAAAUCCAUUUAUAACAGGAAUCCAAUUGAUUUUUUUGCCUUUGAGCUAAAUGCUAAUAUCAAGGAUUGUGAACAGACACAUUUGUAAGUGAUUUGCCUCCAGAUAUCAGUGUUAACUUUUUAGAAUUCAUGACAUCAAGCAUUGUGUGUCUGACAAUUGAAACCUAAUGUCCACAAUCAAAUUCAUACUUAAUACCCAUACUCAUAAUACAUAAUCAUAACGGUUUCUACCUGUAGAUGACCAUGAAGGCGUGGCUAAAGGAUUCCGAGACAAAUAGCUCAUUCCAAUGGCUCAGCAAGCUGGAACAAGGAUUCCAGGUUGACUGUUUUCUCUUUCAUUCUAUCAUUCUCUAUAACUCUCUCAUUCUCCUCUUUGAUGCGCCCUCUUCCUCAGCCUGUCAUGCUCUCUCUCCAGUGUCAACUAUUCUCUGAACAUCCCAAUUCAUAGUUAGGUCAAUUCAAUUGAAAAUGCAUAAAUGGGCUGUUUUCCAUUUGUACUGGUGUGUCUUAGACUGUCAUAGCAGAGGUAUAAAGCAUAAUUGUUCACAAACAACCCCUCCGUCUCCCCUGUCCACUGGCAGUUCUAUUACCCAGGGGCCAAUGUGGUUCAGAUGCGUUUCCUGAGGUUGCAGAGUUGGAAAGCCGUGCAAAGGAUCAUCUACUCCUGCCACCCGGGACACAGGCUGGGCCACACAGACAGAGAGGUCAAGUUCCUGGCAGACACAAGGAGGCAGAGUUACUUGGGAGCACUUAAAGACUGCAUGGUACAUUGAUUUUGAUGCAAUAGACAAAAAUGUAAUUAAAUAUUUCACCCAUUGGUAAAAGUAACUGUAUCAUCAAAGAGAUACAAUAUCUAUAUAUCAAGCAUGAAAGACAUCUGUUUGCAGGAUUGCUGAUGCUUAUCCCAAGCCAACUGUGUUGAUGAUUCAAUCGUGUUACUGAUUCAUCUGUGUUACUGAUUCAACUGUAUUAGUGAUUCAAAUGUGUUACUGAUUCAACUGUUUCUGAUUCACUGUGUUAAUGCUUCGCUGUGUUUCUAUGUUUGUGUUGUGGCAGCCUGGAGAAGAGGUGGACUCGCUGGAGCCGCGGGAGUCUGUGUUUGAGUUUGAGGACCUCAACCUGCUUCCUGUGAGAGAUGUGGCUGUCUUCGGGGGUGGAAACGUCACACAUGAGUUUGGCUUCACCAUCGGGCCCGUCUGUUUCAGCUAG